UUCAAAACAAAACACACACGCAACAUGCCUCGUUGAAAAGAAGGACAGCGAAGGGUUGGCGCGACGUUAAGCUCCAUUUUGAGAUAUAAAAGACCAAUGCAAUAUGGCUUUCUUUAAUUGUCUGUUAUGACGUAAUUGGUCCCACGUAUGGUUUUAGUUUGAAGGCUAAAAGACCAAAACUGCUUUUCCAUCCUCGCUAGCUUGUUUCGUGUAGCUCCCAGCGCACACUGGCUGCAGUGGCGUCUCCCUUUCGUGCUAACACGUUAAAGCUGCAGGACUGUUGCCCCCUUCCCCUUCGGCCUUCGUUUGUCAGCACCUGGCUGCCUUUAUUCAAGGACGGUAGGUGGAGUGACUGUAAGAUCAUAUGUGCCUACGAGUGUGACACGCCUCUGAUCAAUGGCUACCUCAGGCUCCACCCCUCUUCCUACACCUGCCACUGUGCCUGAGGAUUUCCAUUAUGAGACCAAGUACAUUGUGCUCAGCUACCUGGGACGGCUUCCUGGUGGUAGACCACAAUCAGCUGAAGGAGAACCCACAAGCAUAGUUAAAGAGCAGAUAGAAGGAGAGCUGAAACGACUAGAAGAGGAAGUUGCCGCUUCCUUUUCCAGCACGGGUUUUGACUGCCGUGCAUCACUGGUGUUCAGCCCAGCCAACCCUGACAUGGCAAUCGAAGACUGUCUCGCUGAGCUGGGAGAGCGCAUGGUCCGUGAGCUGGACACACACCUGAAAGCAGCCGUUCACACACUUCUAUCAGGAUCUUUGGAGUACGAGACAUUCCGAGAUGCAACACUGGACCUGUCAACACACACACAAGGAGCGUGGAGCAAAGUUCUGGUGCCUUUGGUGUUGCUUCAGGCUUUACAAAACCAAGGUCAGUCCCUGGUAAAUCUGCUGCAUCUUGGAGUGCGCUUCCUGGAGGAGGCUCACGGGGAAUACAUCAUCCAACAUGGGGGAUAUGGUGAAAUAUUUGGACUGGGUUCAGAAGAGGAGCAGAGCGUUGCCAUCGCUGAAGACAGCAACGACAUCUACAUCCUGUCGGGGGAUCAAGCGCCUGAUCAGCUGAGCCCUCCGUCGUCUCUGCUGUGCACGGGCGACAACAGCAGCGGGCUCAGCUCCUGGCAGACAGAGAGCUUACCCGUGUCGCUGGCCGGCCACGAGUCGUGGGCGCAGGUGUGCGCGAUGGACCCCGAGGACAUCAAGAGCCUGGACAGCAACGAGGGCGCGGCUCUGGCCGAGGAGCGCAGCGAGAACAACUCCUCCAACUCGGACAUCGUCCACGUGGAGCGCGAGGAAGCCGAGCUGCUGGACGAAGGCGGAGCCAUAGAGGAGAGCAUGAUGAGCGUUUUAGGUACGGAGAGCGAGCUCGCUCAGCUCCGGGAGGAAAUUAGUAGCCAGAUGACCGCAGCUCCUGCGACGUCAGAGGUAGAAUCCGCAGCACCUGCCUCUCUGAUCUCUCUAGAAGAACCUGUCGUUGUCUUAGAGACGUCAACAGAACCUUCCCUCAUCUCUAUAGAACCACAGCUUCCUCCUCCGGUCCUGGAAGCCUUUGCUCCCCCUCCGGAACCUGCAGCACCGUUACCCGUUCCUGCAGUAGAACCAGAGCCUGAGCCAAAAUGGCUGUCUACUGAGGGUAUGCCCCCAUCCCCAGCAGCGUCCACAGAUCCUGAAGCACACUUGGAGCCAGUAAGAUUGCCCACUCUGCAGGAGCCAGAGUCCGCGAGCGAGUCGGAGGUACCUGCCGCACAGGUCGCCACCGAGGAGACCGAGGCGCAGCCAGACCCAGCGUCAGAGCUCCAGGUUCUGCUCUGUGGAGGAGCAACCCUGGUGCUCCUUGCUGCCGUCAUGGCGUACGGUGUCAUCAGAUACAAGAGGAAGUAGUAUAGACGUAGUUCCUUCUCGGGGGGUUAGUGUACGCGUGAAAGGAUGUUACGCUAGAAAUCCAAGUACUUAGUUCACUGAAGAUUGCAGGGGGGCUGCUUUUGAAGGUCUCCAGUCCAGGACAAUGCCUCUCACUUGAACCUUGACCUCUCCUCAUCCACAUCCUU